GCGCUCGGGUGCGCGCGCGCCGGGCUGUGUGAGGGCGAGCCGGGAGAGCGAGCGAGUUGCGCAGCUGCCGUGCGCGCACCCCCCCCCGCCGCCGCCGCCGCCGCCGCCGCCGCCAGCGCCAGCAGCAGCAGCAGGGGCAGGAACAGGAGCACCUCACUGGCAUUUAACGAGCGGAGCUGCUAGUUGCGCUGGAGAGAGACGCGCAGGGAGGAGGAGGAAGAAGAAGAGGAGGAGGAGGACGGGAAGAGGAGAAGAAGGAGGGGAAGAGGAGGAGAAGAGGAGGAGGAGGAGGAGAAGAAGAAGAAAAAGAAGAAGAAGAAGAAGAAGAAGAAGAAGACGAGGAGGGAGAGGAGGAGGAGGCCAAACGGACACCAACUGAAACAAAAGUAUUUCCAAACCGGCACCCAACUCCACCUUGUGAGGCUCCCACAGCAUGGCUUCCGAGGAACUCUACGAGGUAGAGAGAAUUGUUGACAAGAGGAAAAACAAGAAAGGAAAAACAGAGUAUUUGGUGCGAUGGAAAGGAUACGACAGCGAAGAUGAUACUUGGGAGCCAGAACAGCACCUUGUCAAUUGUGAGGAAUAUAUACAUGAAUUUAACAGACGCCACAAUGAAAAGCAGAAAGAAAGCACAUUAACCAGGACAAACAGGACCUCUCCAAAUAAUGCCAGAAAACAAAUUUCUAGGUCUACCAAUAGUUCUUUUUCAAAGACAUCUUCUAAAUCUUUAGUUAUGACUAAAGAACACGAGUCAAAAAAUAGUCAACUUUUUUCUGCCACACAGAAGUUCCGGAAAAACAAUUCACCGUCGCUUUCUGGACGUAAAAAUAUGGACCUUGCAAAAUCAGGUAUUAAAAUCCUAGUGCCCAAAAGUCCAAUUAAGAGCCGGACAACAGUUGAUGGCUUCCAGAAUGAAAGUCCAGAUAAAAUGGACCAUAUAGAGCAAGAUCAAGAUGACUCUGUAGCACCAGAAGUAGCAGCAGAAAAACCAGUGGGAGCUUUGUUAGGACCUGGUGCAGAGCGUGCUAGGAUGGGGAGCCGACCAAGGAUACAUCCAUUAGUGCCACAAUUGCCAGUGCCAGUAACAGCCACAAUUGCGUCAGCAUUAACAAUAAAUGGAAAAGCAUCUCCCUGUAUUCUUCCCAGUGUUCUUUACUUCCUAUUUUCUUGUACACCCACCUUUAUGGAAGCAUUAGCAGCCAAUGGUACAACCAACAUCCAGACAUCUGUGACAGCCAGCAAGCGAAGGUUUAUUGAUGACAGGAGAGAUCAGCCCUUUGAUAAAAGGCUGCGUUUCAGCGUGAGGCAAACGGAGAGCGCGUACCGGUACAGAGACAUUGUUGUCAGGAAACAAGAUGGAUUCACACACAUUUUGCUAUCAACAAAAUCGUCUGAAAAUAAUUCAUUAAAUCCAGAGGUAAUGAAGGAAGUCCAAAGUGCACUGAACACAGCAGCUGCAGAUGACAGUAAACUUGUGCUGUUCAGUGCAGUUGGUAGCAUUUUCUGCUGUGGUCUUGAUUUUAUUUAUUUUAUACGACGUUUAACGGAUGAUAGAAAAAAGGAAAGCACUAAGAUGGCAGAAGCUAUUAGGAAUUUUGUGAAUACUUUUAUUCAGUUUAAGAAGCCUAUCAUUGUAGCAGUAAAUGGCCCAGCCAUUGGACUUGGAGCAUCUAUAUUGCCUCUGUGUGACGUGGUCUGGGCCAACGAGAAGGCCUGGUUUCAGACACCAUACACUACUUUUGGACAAAGUCCAGAUGGAUGUUCAUCCCUUACAUUCCCUCGGAUUAUGGGCCUGGCUUCUGCCAAUGAAAUGUUGUUCAGUGGAAGGAAGCUGACGGCGCAGGAAGCUUGUGCCAAAGGACUCGUCUCCCAAGUGUUCUGGCCAGGAACAUUCACACAGGAAGUAAUGGUUCGAAUUAAAGAACUUGUCACAUGUAAUUCAGUUGUACUUGAAGAAUCCAAAGCUUUAGUACGGAACAUCAUGAAGGUGGACUUGGAACAAGCAAAUGAAAAGGAGUGUGAAGUUUUGAAGAAAAUCUGGGGCUCAGCACAAGGGAUGGACUCAAUGUUAAAAUAUCUGCAGAACAGAAUUGAUGAAUUCUGAUGAGAUGCCCAUGACACUGGAAUUGUAUUUCUUGGACAUCAGGGCAAGCAAAAUAAGCCCAUUUUAAAAACCCUUAUAUAAACUAACCCCUUGCUCAGCUUGGGAACAGGAGUGGACACACCCCCCUCCCCUUUUAUUGUCAAGGGGUUUAAAAGUACUGUAUCUCUUAAAUUUGAACAAAACUCCUUUCUCCCUGAUUGUUACAUGCAGAUGUAUACACACACAAGUGUAUGUGUGUGCAUAUAUCUAUAUAUGUCUUUUAUAUAUAUAUAUAUUUAUAUAUAUAUAUAUAGAUAUAAAUGUAAUAUGUGUGAGAGUGUGUAUGUAGACACACACACACACUAGGUUAAAAAUGAUAGAGUGCACUACCAAACAUCUCUUUAAAAGCUCUAGUUUUUGUUAUCUUUGGCUAGUACUGUAUCAAAUAGAGAAUUAAUUAAAAAGUGAAUGGUGUUGCAUUAUUUUCUGUGUGGCAGGGAAGUCUGGAGUAAUGCUUUUCUUUUUCAUGAGAAUAUAGAAUUGAAACGGGUAUUAGCCAGCCCUUGCUUUCUCUGCCCAACGAGUCAGCUUAGAGAGAAGGUAUUGUCUCAGAAGAAGGUUGAAAUACCUCAAGUAAUGGAACAUUCUGAAACUUUGGGGUAAAUAAACCCUAUUAUGCUUAAAUCACACAUAUCCCCAAAAAGAGAGUGUGCUCAGGAUUAAUGCUAAGGAAACACUCUGUUAUUUUUUGGGGGGGAGGUAUGGAGGGGUGGGAGGAAGGGGCAGGAUUCUUACCCAGACAGCAUGAAGAAACCACUGUCUCUUAGGGAAGGGAAUGAGGGAGAGCCAGAGGGAAAUGGAAGGGGGAAGGAAGGAAAACAAAACAAAAAAAAACCAACACAAAAAAGCUUGUUUUGCAGUAUUAGUGAAUCACUGAAUAUCUUAUGUAUGAAUAUCCUAAGUUAUAAGUUAGUUUUAGUGGGUUUUUAAAAAGCCUCUUUGGGUUGUUGUUUGUUUGUUUGGGGGUUUUUAUUUGUUUAUUUUGGUUUUUUUAAUAACUACAUAAGUGCUCCUGUUGCUGGGUGAAAAUACUACUUUAUAUACAGUUUGGGGUUUUUUUUUGGUUCUUUUUUCCUAUUUGCUGGUUUAAUUGAUGUAUUACACCAAAAAUGCAUUUUAUGUUCAUAAAUUUUAGGUUCACUUAGAAUAUAUUAUUUAAUAAGUUAAAAUUCUUUUGGCACACUAUUAAGUAAAAAAAAAAACUCUUUAAAAAAAAACUACCUUAUAUUAGAUGUUUAAUGUUCUUUGUCUAUGCUUUUUUAUUAUUUGAAAUAUACACUAUAUGCAGUAUGGUGUAAAAGAGUGCCCUGUGUAAAUAGACCUAUUUUGCAUUCCUUUCAGGAGUGGUUAUUGAUUCCUGACUGCAGAUAUCUAUUACUUGGGUAUCUGUGCUUGCAAUCUUAUUGAAUGUAUUAUGAAGAAUGAAAAUUAAAUCAAACCUUAUUUUUGUACAGUUUUGAACUUUUUACUUGGAACUGACCCACCUCCCCUUCCCAGUGGAGAGCUGUACAGUGUGUAAAUCUGCCUUUACCUUGAAUUGGUACAGUAUUUUUGCAUCUGUGGGACCUACUUCUUUGUUCUAGUAGUUUGAACUAUAUAUAAACUGUACAAUCUGUAAAGUUUUUAUAGAAUAAAUAUUCAGCUGUGAAAACUGGUUAAAUAAAACUAAUAUUUCUUAA